AGGAGACGCCUUGUCAAUGUUAUGUUUUACAUGUAACACGUUCCAAGAUUUUCAGUGGAAAUUUCUAAUCCACAUGACUAAAGAACGGGUAGUAAUCGUUCCCGGAAAUGGUAGGGGCGAUGUUGAACAUAGCAACUGGUAUGGAUGGCUUAAGAACAAGCUUUUGGAGGUAAGCUUGCCCGAAGAAUUUGGAUUACAAACUUAUGUUUUUAUUCGUUAAUGAACUACUAGAAGCUAAAGGACUAACUGUUGCUGUUUUGUUCAUAGAAAAACAUUGACUGUCUUCUGAGGAAUAUGCCUGAUCCAGGUAAUUAGUCAGUGAAAUAAACAGAGAAGGGGAAUUCCCCACGCAGACCAACUCUCCCCCAUUAGUAAAAGGGGUAUAGGGUAUUAUCUUAGAGUGCGCAACAUGCAGCCGCAGAAAAUGGGCGCCUCGGCACUUAAGGCCCAUUGAAAUCAAUUUCCAAUCUUCCUAGGUGCACUACUAAGGUUACAAAUGGCAUUUUUUUAAAUGCUGAGUAAUUAUGCGCCAGUAAAGCUUGACACUUCACGGUCCAGGAAUUUCCAAUAGACCUUCUAUUCUAUCAUCUACAACCCCAGUACAAAAAUGAAUUAUUUCAUAUACUUCACAUCAGACUUUAUAAGCUUUUUUUCCCAAUUCAGACCAUAUGAUGUUCUCCGCAGAAUUUGCCUUUUGUCUUUUCAUAAAUUAUACGUAUAUAUGCACAUGCUUAAGAUAACAUCUGAAAGAAACAGUUCUCUGGGGGUAUCACCAUGUGGUCUGAAAUGGGAAAACAAAACAUACAAGCUAAAAAGGUCUAUUGUGCACAUCUUUGUCCCUUGGGCUUUUAUCAGGGUGCCAGUUCCUGCACUGGGGCCUUUGUCAUCAAAGGUCUGCCCAGAGGUGAGGCAUUUGUUUUUUAUAUAUAUAUUUUCACUGUUCUCUUAAAAAGAAAAAUAUAUGAUACACAUAGUAUAAACAGUAGAUAUAUAUUACAGGUUAAAUUUGAUUUCAGUAAAAUGUUUUAGCCUAGGUUAAUUGUUAACUUCCUUUGUCUCUUAGAGCCAGGAGACAAAGGAAGUUAAAAUCAGUCUACAGAAUCUAGGUAAAAUCAAAAUUAACCUGUAAGAUACACACCAAUAUGGUAUGGGGGGAGGAGGAGGUUGUGCCCCAAGGGGGUACUUUGGAUUUCAAGUGACAGAGAUGAUCAAAUGGGAGCAAAAAUCAAAACCCAAAAAAAUCCUUAGGGCUUCCAACAAAACCCCCCAAAAUACCUGGAUCAAAAAUUAACCCCCAAAAAUCCCAUGCCGAAUUUUGGAGCCUUAAAAAUUUCCAGAAUGCAUUAAAUGAUAUAACACGAAAAGUAAAACAUUAGAAAACAUUAGAAAUUGAUACCUAAAAAAUCCCAACUUAAAUCAAGCCACCCCAAAAAAUACUUGCCAAAUUUUCUUACCUAAAAAAAUUCCUGGAAUCGAAAGUUUCAACCCUUUCAAAAUCCUUUGAUCAUCCCUGUCACUUGAAAUCUGGAGAACCUAACCCCAACCACCAAUUCCCCCCCCCCUCCCUCCCCACUGGGGGUUGUGCAUGCUUAGAAUUGACAGAACCAUUAUCUGAAAACAGUGUUGGCACGUGAAGAAAUAUGGAUUCCGUUCAUGGAAAAACAGCUUAACUGUGAUGAGCACACAGUGAUUGUUGGGCACAGCUCUGGAGCUCAAGCUGCACUGAGGUAAAACAUAAGUUGUGUAGGGAGUGAAUGCAAGUCCCUCAAAAAUAUUCCUUGACACAAUGACGGUUAUUGUUCUGAUCAUUAGGAAGCUACAAAUGGGCUGUGCAUGGUUAAAAGUUAGUCGUUGUAAAUUUUACAGGUAUGCAGAGAAGCAUUCUGUCCUUGGAUUGAUCCUGGUGUCGCCUUGUGUCACUGAUUUGGAUGAUCCUAACGAGAAAGCUAGUGGUGAGAAAAUAUCAUACAAACUCUAUUGUCUUCAUGAAGCCUUUAAGUCCCAGUAGUGACCAAGAUCAAUUUUCUCCUAACAAUAUCCAUACAUUGUCAACAGAUAAGUUAUGAGAAUUAUUAAAAUGAUCACCCAAGUAAAAAUGCCUUGAUCUUUUAUCAAAUUCUCUUGACUCAUUCUUAAAGGAAAUGUAUGGAGAUCAGUUUGGAGAAUUUGUAUGUGGAUACUGGGGCUUAACGGGUUAAGCUGUAGAUCUUGUCCUGGGGUAUAAUGAUACUCUUCAGGCUGUUGGAAUGAAUUCAACGAACAUGGCUUUGAAGCAGCCACAAGGCAGAAUAUAAAAUUGUGGCAAAUGUCAUAAAGUCAGAUUGAAACUGUGUCAGUGAAAUUAUAGACACAGAAACAAUAUUGAAAUACCUACAGGAAAGCAGGGUGCAGAGAAAGGGAGUUUUACAGCUUGCUAUUCACACAAGCUGUAGCUAGCAUGUACUAUAAGCCACUGGGCACUACUUUUUUGCAUGCUUGAACAUGGCAUCCUCUGUAUCAUGACAAUUAAAGAAGUUUGACGUGAAAACCCCCCUUAAAUGAAUUCCUAUAAUGACACAAAGUUCAUAUCCUGAAGACAUUACAAUGUUGCCCAGUCAAAAAUUAUUAAUGCCUUUUGUCUUUUUUGUCCCAAAUUUACAGGGUAUUAUAAUCGUCCGUGGGAAUGGGAACAAAUAAAACAAAACACUCAAUGGAUUGUCCAGUUUGGAUCAACAGAUGAUCCGUUUAUUCCCUUCAGUGAACAGGAACAAGUUGCUGAAGGAACAGCUUCGGAGUUCCACAAGUUUUCUGACAAAGGACACUUUCAGUCUUUGGCAUUUUCUGACCUGAUGAAUAUAUUAAUAAGCAAGCUAAAGCAAGAGUGUGGUGAAUGACAAUCAACAUAUUCUUGGAGCUUUUAAAAUACAUUUUCCAGUGAUAUAUAGAGUCAAAAGACUGGUAAAUGGAAACAAAGUAGCUCUUCUGCAAGCUUCCCUAAAACUGGGACAAAGUUUGGGAGAAACGACUUAAUAUGCGAUGAAAUCUUUCAGUAUAAAUAACCUCUAAUAAAACUAUUGCUUGGAUGCUCAGAACUGCAUUUCAGUCAAUGUGACCUGCAACCAGCACUUGUCUGACACUCUUCUUACAGACUGAUCAAGUUGGCUGGAAUAAUACUAAACCAAGCCCGAGAAAACUGUGCUGUGCAUGAACUUUCAAUCAAGUUUGUUUCUUCCCAUGAUUUGAAGUUAAAAGUGGGUUCACAGUAUUUCUGU